AUGCCGCCCAAAGGACCGUCGAAGGUUUCGAAGCAGCCUCCCAAGGGAGGAGGGAAGGGACAAGACUUCCCUACAUCGAAAUUGGAGUUCGGCUACCCCCAGGCGCUCAACACGGCCCUUCAAGCUAUUGGGGCACGAGCAACCCAAGAUCUCUGGCGUGGCCCCCAGCUUGGCGAUGGGGAUGCAACUGCAGAGCAACUUGCCCAGAGGAGGGCCAAUCUGGUAUCCAAACUGGCCAAGCGUGUGGAUGGCGAUGCUCGUGCCAAGCAGGCGCUCAAGGAAGCGCUAGCGGCUUGGAGUAUCUCGCUCGGCAACCACCUCGAGCAGCUCCUCACUCGCGUCCGUGCUCUCAGCAACAAACUCGACGAGGAUCUAGUCGAAGCGUGCGGGGAGCUAGAGACCCAGACCAGGGAUGUUGCGUCAUCCUCUACGGACGACAAGAUCGCUGCCGCAAGGGCAUCACUUGGGCCCGCUUGGAAUGUCAUACAAGAAGCCGAGGUGAAUCGACUUGCGGCCGGUCUACGUGCCUUCGGCAGUGUGGCGGCCGAUGGAAUGGCUGGUGGGCUGCUAUCCGGACCUGCCACCAACCAUGCUCCAUUACCGGUCGGUGUCGAGGGCUCCGAGGUCAGUUUUGGUGGAUGGAUCCCAGAGCUGGUGCCACCCUCAGGGCAGGACUACGGAGCAAGUUCGGCCAGUAUCGCGGGUGGCGCUCCUUCUCCCCCGGCCUCGUCAGCCUUGUUCCUUGGAGUCUCCCGACCACGCCAGACAGCCAUGGACGAGGAUCCCGAGUUGAUCCCGGACAAGGGUGCGCUACAGGAGGCCUGGUGCCGUGCUUGGAUGGCUAUCCUGGCGAUGGUGGCAGAAAGUGGCGACGAUGUUGUCGGAGAGCUUUCUGUGUGCGACGAGCAGGAGGCAGCGCUACCGCGGCACAAGGACGACCAAUCCGCGGACAAGUUGGUUGCUGCGGCAGACGAGCUUUGGGAGUUCCUUGUGCAAGUGGUUGCUGCCCCAUCCCUGGAACAGCUGGCAGCUCUCCAUGCACGACUGCAUACCUUGCUCUGCGACCUUCGGAGCUGUUCCGGUGCCCUACCUCGCAUCCGCCAGGGAUUGUUGGUUGCCAUCCAUGCGGCGCUCGGCAGUCUGCUCGACCCGUUCAGUUACGCGCCUGGCACACUUCAGGAAUGGUUGCACCCAUCCCUUGUGGUGGAGCAGGGCCUGGUCAGGCAGGGAUAUCUGGCGACCGAGAUGGCCUCCAAUGCACAUGCCCAAAUUCUGUGCAGGAUGCCUUGUCCGUUCCCGUUGGCCACAGCACCUCAGCCCAGCUCUUGA